GUCACCCUGCAGCAUAACUAAGGCUGAUAAGAGCCAAAGUGUGGUUGGCUGCCUGCAGCAGCACACAUACAGACAUAACUGGGAGAGAUUUACAUGCUGGUGGCUGUUUGUGAGCGGUCCAGGUUAAGGCUACAGCAACAAGGCAUUGUAAAAGGCACCCCAGGUUACAGGGAAGGGGUGACAUAGCUACUCAUUAGCCUGGAUCGUAUCCUGGUAUGUCACAUCCUCCUACCAAAUGCUGACACACCCCAGUAAUCUUCCUUCCCCACCCCACAGACACACACAACCAUCCAUGAAGGAACAAACUGUUAAAUUCCUCUUCCCCCAUCCCAAGUUCACCGAACAAAAUCCACACAUAAUCAUGUGGGGAGAGGCAAUAAAACACAAGAAUAUCCUUUCUGAUACAGAAAAUAUUACACAUGUACCAAGCCCUCCUGACUCAAAUGCACCAACCAGCCAGAAAAGACAGUAAACAUCAGCAAAGUAGACUCUUUUAGAGGUGAGACCAUACCACGCUGAGAAAGAUCUCUGCUUUCCUCACCCUGGAGAGAGACUAACAUACAGUAAAAUCCCCUUACUUUGGGUAAAGUCAUAUCUACACAUCAACUAAGGAAAACGUUUAGAAAGGUUCGCACAAUCUGAAGUUUAUUUCUUCAGGGCUGAGCUCUUUAAUAGAGUUAUUAUGCAACCACGACUGAAAGGAAUCUCCUCCAGCCCCCAAUUGUGUAGCUCAACAGGCCUGCUCAGGUGAAUUCCCGUUGGUAAAGCACUUUGGGAUCCAGCUGGAUAAUAGGCACAUUAAACAGCAAAUAUAUCAUUGUCUUUGCAAUCACAACAAAAAAAGAUGACUGCAGAAUUUAGUAGUCUUUUGAUUCUAAACCAAUCAUCUUAUUUUCAAAUAAUGGCAUUAUACUACUGAAGGUUGAGCAAUCAUCUCUGUAUCAGUUUACACAGUUAAUUUAUUAUUCAUUGUACAGGAUUAGAUGGCAUAACAGAAGGAAGUUGGAAAACAAUACACUGUAGAAGCUGGGUGGUGAUGACCCUACUGAUUCUCUUUUCCAAGUAAAAUGUAACUAGGCUUUAAACAAAGCAGCUAGACUUUAAGUUUUGCCAUGUGAGAAUUCAAUUACUAAAAUAUUUUAACAUGGGUAUGAGGUUUGGAAGAUGCAGUUGAUACAGAUUUUUUAAUUAUUAUUAUUAAUGCCAUACUAUGUUUGCUGCUGCUACCAAAAACUUUGUUAAGCAGGUUGGUGAUGGUGGGAGAUUAGUCCCUGUUCCUAGCCUCAGUGAGGCUGACAAAUACCAACCUCUCAGUCUUGUUAUUAAGAAGAGAAAAUGUUUUCUUUCAAAAAAAUCUAAAUUUACUUCGACACCUUUCACCCUAAAAGACAUUCUUCAGGGAGAGAAAGAAAUUUCAGCUGGUGUUUCAUCCUAUCAGCUGUUGAACUAUGAAGACAAAUCAGAUGUUUCACUCUAUGGUAGACGAGGAAAUCAGAUGAUGAGUGAUGUUGGGGUCAAUAUUGCUGGAUCUGAUUCUAUUGCAGUAAAAGCUUCAUUUGGUAUAGUGACCAAACAUGAGGUUGAAGUACCAACGUUACUUAAAGAACUUACUACUAGAAAAAUUAACUUUGAUCACUGCCUAGUCCGACAAUCAAGAGAAAGUAGGAAAGAGGUUCUGUGUGUGGUCAUGGAAAGUAUUAGAACAACACGGCAGUGCUCAUUAUCUGUGCAUGCUGGUAUGCGUGGGGAAACAAUGAGGUUUCAUAUUAUUGAGGACCAAAAUCACAAAGGACGAGAGAAAGCUAUUGUUUUUCCAGCUCACACAACUAUUGCAUUUAGUGUAUUUGAACUUUAUAUUCACUUGGAUGGUAAUUUUGAGUUCUGUGUCACUCCAGUUUCAAAAGGAGGAUUUGAAAAAGAGCAAUCUGGAUCAUUUUCAUUGAACAAAUUAAGGAGGAAUCUGUUCCACCAAAAUAAAAGGGUAAUGGAUAUCAUUGCUAAUUCAGAUGCUUACUUGGAGGACCUUUUUACAGACUAUUAUGAAAAAGCUGCAAGCAUGACUGAUAUCUCUACAAGCUAUCUCAGAGAAGGGUCUCAUAUCCGGGUUAAUUUACUUAAUAACAACAUCCCAAAAGGUCCUUGUGCCCUUUGUGGAAUGGGAAAGUCUAAAAGAGAGACAGUCUAUGGAUGCCUAGAGUGUUCUUUUAAUGGACAAAAGUAUGUACGACUGCAUGCUGUGCCCUGCUUUGAUGUCUGGCACAAGAGAGUGAGAUAAAUGAUCUAUGAGCGUGACUGUUGUUAUAGACUUCAAUGUAACUGUGCCACAAAAUUUCCAAAAUUGUUGAAUAUUAAGUGCAACAGACAUUAAAAGUCAAAAUAUUUGGUUAUGCUAUUUCCUUUUUUAUUGUAAAGUGAUUCUUUUAUUUUACAAUAAAGAUAAUUCUAUUACUUAGUGCAGAAAUGCCCCAUAUACAGCCCCUUCAAAAAAUUUGCUACUUUUUUUCUUUGUGGCACUUUCUCAUUUUAUCAUUCAUGAUAAAUAAUAUAUACAUGUUGAAAUUGAAUUCCAGAGUAGCAAUCAGAAUAUAGUUUGGAAUUUACUAUAAAAGCGGCUUCUUCACAUUUGGUCUGUCAAGAUGUUAUAUAUUGCCUUAACUACAUCAGAGUAUGAUGAUAAAAUGAGAACGUGUUAAUAAUUUAGUGCUAUCAUGAAUGUUUAAUUGAAGUAUCAAAUUAAAAGCACAUUUAAAAACUAGCUCAGUUUAAGGUUUCAUUUACAAGAGGGGAAAAGUUAAAAGGAUUGCAGCUGGUGAUUAUGGAUUCCAUUUUAGGCUGUGAAUUCACCAUAUGUCUAUUCUGAUUAUAUUUGUAGGGACCACGAACAAGUCUACAGUUUGCACUUGGGUAACUCAAAUCUCACUUUUUUUUUUUUUUUAAAGCCUUCAGACUUGCUGCUGACUUUAGUGGCUUUGACAUAGUUGAAAAAAAUAAAAGAAACAAAAUUAUAUUGCAUUGCAAAACUAGUGUACUGAAUCCCACCUAUUACAUCUCAGGUCUAGUAGCUGUAGAGCCCAAUAUCACAAAUUAAAAAGUUGUAUGCAGUCAAGUUGUAGCUGUUGCAAUCCCGGGAUAUUGGAUAGACAAGGUGGGUAAGGAAAUAUCUUUCAUUGGACGAACUUCUGUGAUACUGGGAGUUCCCUUCCAAGAUUUGAAGAAGAGCUCUGUGUGG